AUAGGUUCAAGAUUUGUCAAGCUUCAUUCCAUUCCGCAUCGGCAACAUCUCAUCAGUAUGGCAAACGGGACACCGGUGGCUGAUGUCACUUCCCCAGAACCAACGGUGUCAUUUGAGAGCCAAACCACAGCAGUUGAAGCUGAGAUGGCAGAGGCGCAGAAGAUGAAGUCCGGCCAGAACAUGGGAGAAAGCAGGCAUCCGACCAGCCCAUCGAGAAACACACGUUCGGAAAUGGAGAGAUCAGUACCAACCAUUCCUUCGCGCUAUGCGGUGACCCUGAUCAAGGGCAAUCGCGAGUACAAAGGGUUCAACAGCCGCGCUAUGCGUUUCGAGGUGGAAAGACAAGUCGAUGGUCCUGGCCCUGGAAGUUACGGAGAGCGGAAGACUUUCCAUCAGGAAUUCACAGAAAGACCCGGCUGGGGUGCUCGGGGCACUAGCGGCUUUGCUUCUAAAGCCAGGCGAUUUGGCAUGAGGUCCAUGCCAAGCAUGCCACCACCGGGCCUUGGCUGUCCUGGACCAGGUGCCUACAAUGCUCUUGGCGCGUUGCACAGCACCAAGGAACGCAAGAACUUCAACAAGGCUGGAGCUUCGGCCAACUUCAACCCCUCCAAGAAUGGGCAGAAGGUGCCCCCAAGCAGCCGAUUGCCUGGGCCUGGGCAAUAUGAUCCCAGGAUGCUGCCUACCGCCAGAGAGGCUGCAGCAGCACAAGCUGCCUUCAAUUCAAGCAGCACACGGUUGAAAGGUGACCUUGAGCCUUCAGGAAUUCCAGGGCCUGGAGAAUACUACGAUGGCAUGGCCAGGCCUGUUGGCUACGUGCCGGAAUAUCAUCAGGGCCUAGACAUGCGGAUGCCCACUUUCAAGGAAAGACACCGGCCUCACAUCACUAAGAUUCACCACGACCUUCCGGCAGCUUCUGCAAAGGCCAGAAGCAUCCUGGGAAGCUUUGGGGAUGAGGUGAGCCGCGAAUGCCUUGGGACGCAGGGUUUGCAGGUGGCGCUCCCUGGACCGGGUCACUACGAGCAGGAGCUAAGCUUGGAGAAUUCGGUUUCGUCCGUUUGUGCAAGUGCUUUCAAAGAUGGACCCAAGCGCACUGACUGGGCACCAGAGGAACUGUCGUGCCUCCCUGGCCCCGGAAAGUACGAGCCAAAGGGACUGCCCAUGGGUCGCCUGACCUCUGCGAAGUCUGCCUUCAUCUCAGCUUCCGAACGCAACAAACUUCAGUUGUCUUCUGUGCCUGGCCCUGCCUACUACAAUCCAUCGCUGCCCAAGCUUCAGAAGUCCUUCCGCUUGAAGUCGGGUACCUUCGUGCUGUGAACAUGCCGUGAAUUCGCUGCAUGAAGCAGGUACCUUCUACAGCAUGUCAUGACCGUCAG